AUGGACACUUACAAUAAAAUAUGGGAAGAAGCCCAAGAAUCUCUCAACUGCUUGUUGCAAAAGGAGAUUGAAGAGAAGUCCCAAAAGCCACUGAAAGACCACCUGUUAAUUUUUCAGAUGCUUGCUACUUUCUACAUCAAAUAUGUGCAAAUAUUUCACAACUUAGAAUCAGCUUAUGACCAGAUUGUUCACCCACAAAAACGCUUAAUUAUUCGUCAAGUGCUGGAUGGUGUAAUGGGCCGUAUCUUGGAAUUGAAGAAUGAAAUGGUAGAAUUGGAAUACUCAGAAUACCAUUACUUUGAUGACAUUUUACAGGAUCUUAAAUUAUCCCCUGAUAACAUUGAAAUCCCUAUCCCAAGGUACUUUAUCAAGGAGAAAAUUAAAGUAUUAAAAGAGAGAGAGAGAAUCCUUGCUCAGAUCAUGUUGGAUGCCGGAAUGUAUGAAGAUGAACCCAAAAAACCUGUGAAGGUCAUGCUUUUAGAAGAAGCUGUUAGAGUAAUUCAGAUAGCUGAGCGAGCUCGACAGGGCCGACUCAGGGCUACAUUCAUGAAGCAAAUCUUUCUUGAAGAAAAAAGAGAACGAUUAGCCAGGCUUCAGGGUACAAAAGGUCCAGAUGUUGAAACUGCUGCAAUGUGCAUUCAAAGGAUUUGGCGUGGACACACCCAGUGGAAGAAAACUUUGAAAAUUAGAGAAGAAGAAAUGGUAUUUCUAGGCAUGAUCCCACCUCCCCAUUUCCAGAGACCUAGUGCUUCAUUAUUACGUGCCCAGAAAGUAGAUACUUUAAGGUGUGAAAUUCAGGAGAAAUAUGAAUCAGAUUUCCAGAAAGCUCUAGUAAGCAUCAAAGAGCGAGUGAAAGAAAUUGAAGGGCCAGACAUCAAAGAAACCCUCCAAGACCAGAUCCGCCAGUGGUUUAUUGAAUGCCGGCAUAUUACAGGAAAGUUUCCUGAUUAUCCUGAUGAAGAACAAGGUGGCUCAGCAGUUCUUUUCUCAGAAAAAACUCCAGAAGAGGUUGCUGCUGAGCUAGCUGCUAAAGCAGAAGAAGAACAGAAAAACAAAGGGAAAAAAGGGAAAAAGGAAAAAAAAGGAAAGGGCAAAACAAAGAAGAAAGGAAAUGAGACAGAAGAGAAGAAACCAAAGAAGAAAGAUGAGGAAGAAGAGGAAGGUUGGAAAAUGUCCCCAAGUAAUUUUCUCCCAAUAAUGGAAGAAGGAAACAACAAAUACAAAGAUGUUUGGAAGAAUAGAGAUGAAAAAUGGAACUUUUCACAAGAGUAUGAUCCAGAACUAAUCAAAGAAGAAAAAAGGAAAGAAGUGGAAGAAGAGAUCAGAGUUCAGGUUGAUGAGUUAAUGCGCCAGGAACUGAAGAAUCUAAAAUUAGCCGUGGAUAGAGAGACAGAGAAAACUGGGAAAAAAGGAAAGAAAAAGAAAAAAGGAAAAAAAGGUGGAAGAAAGAAAAAGUCAAAGAAGGAUAAAGAUCUGACAUCUGACCGGACCAUUGAUUCUCUUUACCAAGAGUUGGUAGAAGAAGGACUAUUAAUAAGAAGUAAAAAAGUAAAACUCAGCGAUUAUGUGGGUGAGUACAACUAUCUGGGGACCAUACUUCGACAGGUAGAUGUAGAACCAAUGCCUUCUCUUACAGAUGUGAAGCAACUUAUAGCCCUGUAUGGAAUACUGCCAUUAGGUUCUCAAUCUGUCCAUGAAAAAGCUCCUCUAGUGAAAACCUUGCUCUUGGUUGGCCCUGAAGGAGUAGGAAAAAAAAUGCUUAUUCAUGCUCUGUGCACGGAAACAGGAGCCAAUCUGUUCAAUUUAUCUGCAGCAAAUAUUGCUGGUAAAUAUCCUGGCAAGGCUGGUCUUCAGUUGAUGCUACAUAUGAUUUUUAAGGUUGCUAAACAGUUACAGCCUUCAGUUAUAUGGAUUGGAGACACAGAAAAAACAUUCUACAGAAAAGUACCUAAAACUGAAAAAGAGAUGGAACCUAAACGUUUGAAAAAACAACUUCCCAAAAUUUUGAAAACUCUAAAAACUGAAGAUCGAAUUUUAAUCAUUGGAACCACUAACAGACCAUUUGAUGCAGACAUCAAACCAUUUUGCAAAGUUUAUAAGAAAAUAAUUUUGGUGCCGCGGCCGGACUAUGCUUCAAGAUUUGUUUUAUGGAAACACUUCAUUCAGCAAAAUGGAGGGCUUCUCUCCAAACAACUAAAUAUCAGUUGCUUGGCACAGGUUUCUGAUGGUUAUGCUCAGGGACCCAUUCUCCGGGCAGUCCAAGCAGUCCUAACUGAAAGACGCCGAAUGCAGCUGAGUAAGAAGCCACUGACUGCUGUUGAAUUCCUAAUGUGCCUAGCAAGACAGGAUCCAGUGUACAAAGAAGAAGAAGAAACAUUUAAGGUUUGGUAUGCAAAGACUCCUCUAGGAAAAGCAAGAAUCAAGUCACUGACAGAGAAGGAAGAUACUGGAAAGGGGAAAGGGAAAGGGAAAGAAAGAGACGAGGGAAAAGGAAAGGAUAAGGAAAAAAAGAAGGAAGGCAAAAAGACAAAAAAAUAA